AUGGACCUGAAGCUACAUGGAGUUCUGGCCAUGGAGGGUCUGAGAGUUGGCAUUGGCAGCUCGGCCUCGGACUGCUGCCUGAAGUACAGCCAGAAACCCAUCCCCAGGAGUCUGGUGAAGUCCUACACCAUCCAGGGACCAGAGCUGGAAUGUUACCUGACUGCUGUUGUGUUUACCACCAAGAAGGACAAGCAAAUCUGCGCCUCUCCCACUGACCCCGCUGUUCGGAAGUUGAUGCAGAGCUUGGACAAACAAGGCAAGAAUGACAAGGAGAAGAAGAAGGCGCAGUCCCCACGUCCCAGGGGCAGACCCAGGCGGCAGAAGCGGCAGCGGGUCUAA